UCCCUCUGCUGCCUAUUUCCUGCCUCAGGAGGAGGAGACAGGGGUCAAAGGUCGCCAGCGCCAGUCAGGUGAUAUUAACACAUGACGUUCUCAACCAAACCUGCUUGCGAGCCAGUGCUGAUGGACACACGGACUAACCAACAGAGGCGCGGGAGGUGUGGGUGGGCGGUCGCACGCUGGGGAGGAUCAGCCAAUGAGCGGGGACGCAGCGCCGUGGGGGUUGGAGACGGGACGUAAGGUGAGGUGAGCUUGGUUGCACGGUGUGGGAGGCUGAACUCGAGCGGUGUUGAGAGCGGGUCCGGCGGUGGGCUCUGGGUGGCUACCUUUCUUUCCCCUUUGCUCGCCCACCCAGCCGUGAUAUGUCCAUCCAGUACAGCAAUGACGAGCCGCUGGCCGGCAGCUACGGGGUGGUGGACUCUUUCCCCAAAGACUUCGGCUAUGGGGUGGAAGAGUCCGACAUGGAAGGCAGCGAGUCGCAGUCGGACAGUAAACCCCGCAUCUUGCUGAUGGGCCUCAGGCGCAGCGGCAAAUCCUCCAUCCAGAAGGUGGUCUUUCACAAGAUGUCCCCCAACGAGACACUCUUCUUGGAGAGCACCAACAAGAUCUACAAGGACGACAUCUCCAACAGCUCCUUCGUCAACUUCCAGAUCUGGGAUUUUCCCGGCCAGGUGGACUUCUUCGACCCCACCUUCGACUAUGAGAUGAUCUUCAGGGGCACCGGGGCUCUGAUCUUCGUCAUUGACGCGCAGGUAAACUGCCUGCACCCUCAUCACUGACUGAAGGCUGCCCCAGUGCACAGAGCCGCUUGAAACCAAUGAUGUAAUCUCUUUAAGAUGGAGGGGAGGGAACUGAACUUGCUCAGGUUUUUACCUCUUUCACUUGGCACUUUAGUUUACUGCACACCUCUGAGCAUUUUCAGUCAGGUCGAAUUAUGUAGCUGUAGAAUAUCUUCCCCCCCCCCCCCCCCUUUGCUUUCCUAAUUCACCUCAACAUUUGGGGGCAAUUAUUUGUUUUAUACAGCCCAACUAUUUUGAGGAAGUGUCCUGGAGUUAACUAAUUGAGUUGAGGGAGGCUUGCCAUUAGCGAACUCCAAAUCAGUUUGUGUCUCACUCAGUCUGGCAGCUGACACGUAUAGUUCUGCUUUCAUCUAUUCUUCCAUUUGCAAAGGUGAUGCAUAUUAUUUGUCUUGUGACUUGUGAUGUCAGUUUUCCAGAGAGUUUCAAAACAAUCUUUGGAAGUGCCUUGACUGCCUGCACAAGAUGCAUUGCACCUUUUGCUGUAAGAACCACAGUUAGAUUUGCAUUGCAAAUUGUUGUGUUGCAAUGGAAAUGUUAAAUUGCCAAAUUUGCUGCUUUUGUUUGUUCAUGUAAUGUGGAUGUCACUGACUAUUUAUUGCCUCAGCCCUAAUUACAGUUGAGAAGGUGCUAGUGAGCUACUGCCUUGAACUGCAGCAUUCCAUGUGGUGAAGACACUCCCAUAAUGCUGUUAUGGCAUUUUAGGAUUUUCACCUAAUGAUGCAGAGCAGUUGCAAAUAUUCAGGUUUGGAUAGUGUGGCUUUCUUGUGUGCCUACUGUCCUUUUCCUUCUGGAAAAUACAAGGUCAUGGAUCUUGUGAGGUGAUAACCAAGGAUCUUGGGUAAAUUGCUGCAGUGCAUCUUGUAGAUUAUAAACACUGCGAUGGUAUAGUGGUGUUGGAACUUUGAAUCUAAUAUCUUUCUCCAGUAUAGACAAGAAGUUAAGGACUGUUUAAUUGGUUUUGGCAGAAUGUAGACGAGCAUUAGUAUGUUAUUGCUGUGUAAGUACUGCUCGACAGAUUGUUGUCAAUUCCUGUCAUUACUUUGAGAGUAGACUUAUUGGAGAGGAAGUAUUGUUCCAGUUGAAUUUUGAGCUUUAUUUACAAAAUAUACCUAUGAGCUUUUUUUUGCUUUGCAGAUGUGGCUAUACCUGGCUAAUUUUCAACAUUGUUGGAUAGAUAUGUUUUGUAGGUGUAUUAGUUCAGCUUGACUGAAGGCUUGGCUAAUACGGGACAAUAGAUAUUUAGUACUACAGCUCGGAUGUUGUUAGGGUAUGUAAACUUAACUGUAACCAGUGUAUUCAACUGCUUUUAAACAUGUAAUGAAUUCAUUCCCUGAAGGCUGGAGUCUAGUGGAGACCUCGGGAGGAAUGGAGAGAAAUUAUCCACUUGGCACUUAGGUGAUGGUCGCAAACAAUUCAGCCUUAAAUUUUUGUGUUCAAAUUAAGUACUUCUCCAUCAUUGAAAAUCAAGAAAGCCUAGGUCUCUCUUUAGUUGAUAAUUGUCCACCAUUGUUCCCAACUGUAUGUAGCAUUACUGCAAAGUCCUGAUCUGAUCCAUUGUUUGUGAGUUUGCUUAGUUCUGUGGUACACUGCUUGCACUGUUUAGCAUGUGUGUAGCCUUACCAGGUUGGCACCUUACUUUUUACUGUGCCUGAGGUAUGCUCCUCUUGGCUCAUGACCCAAGGUUGGUCUCCUGAUUUGAGACUAUUCUGAAAGUGUACUGGACUAUGAGGUGACAUGUAAUGGUGGAAUUCAAUUCUGCUUUCUCAUACCUCAUGGAUUCACAGUUUUGAGUUGCUGGAUCUGUCCUGAACCUUCCUGAUAUAGCACAAUGAAGAAAUCUUGUGUGAAGAAAGAACUUCAUCUUCACAAGGAUUGUGUGGUGAUGAAUCUUAUUUAUUCUUUCAUUGACCUGUAUCUGUAACAGGUAGGUUGGAGAGAAUAAAUUUAUAAGUUUCUUUUCCCUGUUAGUUUUCACCACUUGCCAUUGACCUAGUGUAUGGACUAGGUUAGUGGUAGUAGCACAUGCCACCUUAAGUACAUUUGUGUCCUUGCUGUUUCUUCCAAGUGCUGUUCAACAUGGAGGAGUACAGACUCUCUUAUUUUAACUGAGGCAGGGUGGGAGGUGCUAAUCAUGAAGAUUUUGUAGCCCAUGUUUGACCUGAUGUCAUGAGGAUUCGAUAUGCGGUAACCAGCUGCACGUUAGCUAGCCUCAUAUUGGCACCUAUCAUGCCAUGUGUUCAUUAACAUUGCAUAGCUACAUCCAUU